GCGCGCACAGAUCGGGGAGCGCGCACGCUCCGAAUAGCCUCGGCUGGACCGCUCGCUCCGCGCGUCUCUUUUUAUCCCGCGUUUUUGUCACGCACUAGUUCCUAACGCGCGGGUACACUUCGCGUUUUUUGGGGGGUGAAACGGUUCCCAGUCGGAGGAGUCGCUGUGCUGGAACGCCUGAUUAUUUCUUCCAUUUUUUAUUCGGAGCGCGGUGAUACUUUUUCCUCUCCGUGUGUUUGGAUCUACCGCUGCUGUUUGUACCGAGAUGUGGGUGCGGAGAAGCGCGCGCUGCUGGCUCCGCGCGGAAGCGACCCUGUUCAGACUGCUGUGUGUUCUUCUGCCCGCAGGAUUCCCGGCGCGGAGCGUGGACCUGCAGCGCCCCACCGACAACAUCACCGUGCGCCAGGGGGACACGGCCAUCAUCAGGUGUUACGUAGACGACAAGGUGUCCAAAGUGGCCUGGCUGAACCGCUCCAACAUCAUCUUCGCCGGCGAGGACAAGUGGUCCCUGGACCCCCGUGUGGACCUGGUGACCAAGGGCCAGCUGGAGUACAGCCUGCGGAUCCAGAAGGUGGACGUUUACGACGAGGGGCCGUACACGUGCUCCAUCCAGACCAAGCAGCAGUCCAAGACCUCUCAGGUCUACCUCAUCGUGCAGGUUCCCGCCUACAUUUACAGAGUAUCGGAGGACGUGACGGUGAACGAAGGAAGCAACCUCACCCUGAGCUGCCUGGCUAACGGCCGACCCGACCCCGCCAUCACCUGGAGGCUCCUCAACCCGUCAGCGGAGACUCUGGACGUGGGAGAGUAUCUGGAAAUUACCGGAAUCUUGCGCACUCAGGCCGGCCGCUACGAGUGCAAGGCUAGCAACGACGUGGUCACUCCCGAUGUGAAGUACGUCAACGUGGUCGUCAACUAUCCGCCUUUUAUUAAAGAUUUAAGGAACUCGGAGACGCAGCUGGGAGGCGUGGGACAUUUACAUUGUGAUGUCACGGCGGUGCCCAAACCAGAAUUCGAGUGGUACCGAGACGACAAGAGACUCUCUAACAUGCAGGGCAUCAGUAUCCAGAUUCAAGGUUCUCGUUCCCUGCUGACCGUAACCAACGUCACGGAGGAGGAUUAUGGGAACUACACCUGCGUGGCCACCAACCGGCUCGGCAUGCACAACGCUAGUGUUUUCCUAUACAGACCUGGCACCGGGUGGGACCCUAAUGGCUCCGCCCCCUCGCCUCGGUCUCUGUGGCUCCUCCUCCUUCCUCUGGUCCUGCGCGAGUGUUUAUGCUGAGCGCCUCGGCGGCCCGUCGCCUCGCUCCUCACGUCCCUCUCUUAUUCAUCACCUCUCCGUUCACUCCGUCACUCUCUCUCCCCGCCAGACUGUUUUCAUCUCACCGUUCAGAACCGGACCCGCCUCGCCGCAGGCAAACCGGGCGCCACUUCCACUUCAGGAGGAAACGGGACGGGCGAGUCGUCUGUGUUAGCAUGGAAAACCAUGACAAACGAAAGUCCACACGCCGAAGCGUGCGGAAACGAUCACGCUAAAUGAUUUUCUGUGUUUGUUGCUUCUGUUUGUGUUUUUUUCCUCUGGAUUUUGUUCUUUUAGCGCAGGAGAUUAUGCUAACCGCUAAAACUACAGACGGUUUCGAUCUGAGGUAUUCGAUCUGGUAUUUAAACGGUACGAACUAACCAAAAGAAUCUGCGUAAACGUCAUCGACAGAGAGCCGUUUACGCUUCAGCUAGCAAGCUUAGAAUCGCAGAAUAAAUCUUUAGCCAAUCAAAUAUUGUAAAUCCGCUACCAGAUUACGUUAGCGUAUCGUUUAGCCCGUGUAUCUCCGUAAAUAAAUA